AGAAGGGAAGAUAGUGGCAGAGAGAUGGAGAGAAUAGGGGACUGAUGGACUGAUGAAAAUGCUUUUCUUUUGAACUCAAUAAAGCACAGGAUCGUUUUGGAUGGGAUAUUGAAUACUUCUGGACUGUGGAGUGGAUUAAUUCAGUUGGGAUUUGUGUUUUUGUGUUUGUCACAUCUGUCUAAAGGUCUUCUUGCAGUCACUAGAGUGAAAAAGGUGAAACUCGGUCAUGGAUAUCGGUGGUCUGGAGACGGUGGUGGCCAACUCGGCCUACGUAUCAGCACGAGGCAGCGUGGAUGGCGCGGCCGCUGCCACCAUGCGCGACAAGAAGUACCGCGCCAAGCUCGAGCUGCCGCACAUCAAGAAGUUUGAGCACAUGAAGGCCACCGUCGACUCGACUUUCAACAGCAUGUGUGUGACGCAGCCCAUUGGCAAGCGCCUCUUCCAGCAGUACCUGGAGAGCGACCCCACGCACAAGAACGCCGCCGACCUCUGGAAGGACAUCGAGGACUACAAUGUGGCCCAGGAGAAGGACAGGCAACAGAAGGCUCAGAAGAUCGUCAACAAGUACUACGAGUCGGCCUCCAAGACGUUCUGCAGCUUCCUUGACGAGAAGGCCGUGAGCCGCAUCAAGGAGGAUCUCAAGAACACACGCGGCGACCUGUUCAAGGAGAGCGAACAGAUCCUGCUCAAGCACCUGGAAGCCAAGGCCCACGCCGGCUUCAAGGACAGCAUGUACUUCCUGCGCUUUAUUCAGUUCAAGUGGCUGGAGGGCCAGUCAGUGGCGGAGGACUGGUUCAACGACUUCCGCGUGCUGGGCAAGGGCGGCUUUGGGGAGGUGUGCGCCUGCCAGAUGAAGGCCACUGGGAAGAUGUACGCCAACAAGAAGCUCAACAAAAAGAGGCUGAAGAAGCGCAAAGGGUAUGAGGGGGCUAUCGUUGAGAAGAGGAUCCUAGCCAAGGUGCACAGUCGCUUCAUUGUGACGCUGGCGUAUGCCUUCCAGACCAAGAAUGAUCUGUGUCUGGUCAUGACUAUCAUGAAUGGAGGAGACCUCAGGUAUCACAUGUAUAACGUGGAUGAGAAGAACCCAGGCUUCAAUGAGCAGAGGGCAUGCUUCUACACGGCUCAGAUCAUCUGUGGACUUGAGCAUCUCCACCAGCACCGGAUCGUCUACAGAGAUCUCAAGCCUGAGAAUGUUUUACUGGACGAUGCAGGACACGUGCGUCUUUCAGACCUGGGUUUGGCUGUUGAACUCCCGCCAGGAAAAGACAAGACUAAGGGAUAUGCAGGCACCCCAGGCUUCAUGGCCCCUGAGCUGCUGGAGCAUAAAGAGUAUGACUACACCGUGGACUACUUCACCCUGGGGGUCACCCUCUACGAGAUGGUCGCCGCCAAAGGGCCUUUUCGCGUUCGAGGAGAACAGGUGGAAAAUGAUGAGGUGAAGCGGCGCAUCCUGAAGGACCCGGUGUCCUACCCCGACAAGUUCAGCAAGGAGCUGAAGGACAUCUGUGAGGGCCUGAUGGAGAAGGACCCAGUCAAACGGCUCGGCUUCAAGGACAACGAAUGCGCUGAGCUCAAGAACCAAGCCUUCUUUAAAGAACUCAACUGGGGACGACUGGAAGCAGGCAUGUUACCACCUCCAUUCGUCCCGGACCCUAAACAGGUUUAUGCAAAGGACAUCGGUGACGUGGGCGCCUUCAGCACGGUCAAGGGCGUGGUCCUCGACAACAAGGACACCGAGUUCUAUGACGACUUCUCCUCGGGCAACAUCCCCAUCCCCUGGCAGGAGGAGAUGAUAGAGACGGGUGUGUUCGGCGAGCUAAACCUCUGGGCCGAGAAAGGCAAGCUGCCCAACGACCUCGACCCCAACUUCGUCCCCCAGGUCCAGGGCGGGGCCUGCGUGCUGCUGUGAGCCAAUAGGAAAGGACCGAGUCAAGGGUACAAGAAAAGACAGGGGAAGAAUUGACCAAUUAAAUGACUGAAGCAAAAAUGGAUUGAGAUAAGUUGGAAAUUUUAGGAAACACUAGUAGGAUAAAAAUUGAUGAAUUGACCAAAAGAAUUAGAGUGAGUGGACGUAUGGAUAUGAGGAUGAAAAGACAGACAAAGUAGGAGGAGGGUAGGGUAAAGCACAUGCAAAGUCUUUGCAACAAAUGAACUGAGUGAAAGAGAAAGAAUAUACUGAUAUGUGUACAUAAUUCCUUUAAAUGAGAGACCCAUCCAGUUUUACCAGAAUACCUAAGGUCAUUGCAGGUGACUGUACAGCAGUCUAACUUCAGUGAGGAGGAUGUUGGUGCUUUAGAUCCUCCAUGGGUCACAGGUAGCUUGAAACACCCAAAUAGUUGAAUGUUGAAUAUGUUUUAUACUUCAUCUUCAUCUUCAUCUUCAUGUACAGUUUUUACUACUCUGCUCUUUUUCCCAUGUCUCAGACUGUUUGCGACAGCAACAACAAAACACAUACAUCUCAAAAACUCACAAAUCACUUUGAUUCACUUUUCAGCAAGUUUUUCAGCACAGAUUAUGACGUUCAUACUUUCAACUUUAAUCCAGCUAGAACCAAUACUGCACCUCAAAGGUUGGUAAAGCCAUCAGCUUGCUUUAAUCUGGAGGUUAGACUAUUUUUGGUUAACUUUCCUUGGCAGAAUAUCUCUAUGGAAUAAGUAGAAUGCAGAAAGAAAAUAAAAUCUAUUUUUAUAAUAAAACAUUAUUUUAAUUAAAAUGAUAGAAUAACAAAAAAUCCUGACAUCUUGUUUUCAUCUCACCAACUACUGAUGUGAAUAAAAGCAAGCCGAAAGAGCAAUCAUUAAUAGUUUUAUUAUAUCAUAUUAUUCAUUAUUUUAUUAUUUUAAAACAGCGUAAGUUUUUGUAGAUGUUUGAUAUAAUAUAAAACUAUACCUGAAUGACAAAAUAAUCUAUAAUUAUUUUGUGUAAUCAAUAAAACAUGCAUCAGCAACUUGUGUUUUCCUCAUUUCCUGAUAUUCAUGUGGUUUAGCCCACUACUGUUGGCACACUGCGUCUUUUCAUUUCAUCCUAAUAAGUUAGUGUUGCAAAAUGAAUGGAAAAGUUUUCAUUUUCAUUUUACAUUUCUGGAUUCAGAAUUAGAGGUGCAAUGUGCAUGAAGUGAUAUUAUGUGCAAAUCUGGAAUAACCUGUACAUCACCCACAAAUGCAAAAAUGGAAAUUGUCUGAUGAACUGAGAGAGUUGAUUUUCAGAAGUAUUAUUCAGUCACUCCCACUGCUCGGGAUGGAAUUGUGUCUGUGGCCACAGGCCUGUCUGCUGACUUCUCUCUUUUGGAGUCUGUUUAGGCCACAGUCUCUACGGCUUCCUCUUUGAUUGACUUUUGCAUCCACUCACCUGAGACCACAGACUUAACAGCAGUUCCACUUUCCACAUUUGGCUUUUGCUUUUCUGCACGGAAACGCAGUUGAUUUGCACAAGACUGACAAAACAAAUUACAGAUAAAAUGGCGACAACCUAUGUAUUAGUACAAACAGCCUAAACCAUAUGUGUCUUUUUUUCACUGUGGCACGGAGAGCGGAAGCCAAAUGUGUCUGAAUGACAAUAUUCCUGUGACACAUUAACCCACCACCCAACAUUACCAACUGGACAAACAACUGGGUUCUCUGUCAAACUAAUGUUAUCUAUGUUAGGACUCACCUUAUCAUCAAAUACUGAUAUGUUUGAGGGAUGGUAAAUAGUUGUAGUUGGAGAGAUUUUCAGAAGGGAGAAACUUGAAUGGGUUCAGCUAUACUGUUUGAGAAGCUUAUUAUCUUGUUCAGUUGAUACCCUCCACACACAGUAUAAGUCCACUGAUAUCUGUCAGGCGGUAAUGUCACAAAACAUUUUGUAUACACUGUUAGAUUAUGCUUGCUCAUACAUGUGACAUGUUGAAAUGAACAUUUAAAGACCUUCCCUGAUCUAUGCAUGCAAAUAAAGAGAAG